GGCAAAGCUAGGUUAUCUUUUCGGUUCUUGCCGUGUGUAUUGGAGUUGUUUACCUGGCGGGGGGUCCGAUAGCGUCUCCAUCAUGCCAUCUGCGAUGGAGCUUUUUUCUUACGUUUUUGUUGUAGGUAUUUUGCAUUUUCAGAGAUCUGAGGGAUACGAGGCUGGUACAGACCUGUACCACGAGGAAAACCGGGAUAAUGCCUUCCCAGCAUUCAAACAAUUGGAAAUUGGGGUGAGCGAGGGUACCUCCGUUAAACCUUCAAUACAACCUAAAUCUUACCCUGCAAAGUUUGUUCCACCUCGCGGCAUCCCAGUGCCUGUCACUCCCUUCCCUUUCAAGCUGCUUAGUCCUCGGGUGGUCCCCGUCAAUGCGCCCGUGCCGCCUGCGCUCCAAAGGGUCAUGAAUCCUCUGCCUAUCAUUCCCAUGCCCCGGCCGCUACCUACUAGCCUUGCUGCAGCGGUCCGUGUGUCGUGCACACCAAACAAAAUGCAUGUGUGGGUUAGGACAGACAUGUACGGGUUCAGGUGUAAAUCAGGUACGUUAACUUUGGGGACCCGCUGCAGAAGCAAUGGCGUCUCUGGUGUGUAUCUCCUCUUUACCUACGACCUCAAAGAGUGUGGAAGCAAGGAGUUUAUGGAAGAUGGACAGCUGGUCUACAAGAACGUUCUACAUUAUGUCCCAUCUGCUCAAAACGGUACAAUUCGAAGAUCCAUGCCAUUCACUGUACCCAUUGAGUGUCAUUACUAUAGGUAUCACCACGUCUACAGGCAUGGCAUUCGUCCACUUUGGAGGAAUCAAGCUCACUUCAAGAAUCUCAAGACCUCAUAUGGCUUUGCCUUAAGAACAGUGAAUGGUGACUGGGUUCCUGAUCCCAUGAUGAAUACAUUCUACCUUGGACAGCCCAUACACUUCCAAGCUACUACAAAUCUUACUGUUCCUGGGACGAAGCUUUUCAUCCACCGCUGUUAUGCAACGGCUUCGCCAGCUUUAAAUUCAACCCCCAGAUACACAGUGAUUGAGAAUUAUGGGUGCAUGGUGGACAGCAGGCAUGAAACCUGUAGCUCCCAUUUUGUGACUCCCAGAACCGACAAUACAAUCAAUUUCAUUGUAGAUGCCUUCCAGUUCAACGCACUGUCCCCUCUGGUGAACAAGUACUAUAUGCACUGCACAAUGGUGGUAACCAGCAGCAUGGUAACGCAGAGUACCAAGUCCUGCCACUAUGAGAAGAACACAAAAAGGUGGGUGGAACUUGAAGGUAACCACAGUGUCUGUUCCUGCUGUGACUCUGUGUGCAUCGAAGAUGUGACUUUGCCCACUGGUAGUGUAAGCAGUGAUACCCUGCUGGUCCUUGGAAAGCGGGGAGAUCAUGAUGCUCCUAUCCAGCAUUCAGGGGAGACCUAUAAUGAGGCCAAGGUGCCAGAGCACAGUGACGACGCUGAGAAUGAUGAGGGGGCUGUGGAGGCGGAUGGUGAUGGAAGAUAAGAGUAGGCUGCAUCUCUCUGUAGUUCUUGGAUUAUCAUGACUGUUUAAAAAUAAAAUGUUUUAACAUU